UAGUUAACACAGUCGCUAAAAUGGAGCUAAAAUUAGAGCACAUUUAUCAGGGGCGUCAAUCUCUGAGUCCGAGUGGUGAUCGCACAAUAUCUAUGCGUGAUUUACGCGUUACUACCAUUGCUAAUCUUGGUGCUACCAGAGAUGGCUAUGAUUGCAUUGAUAUUAGUAACAAUGAGAUUCGGAAGCUCGAGAAUUUCCCGUUACUUCCACGGUUACGAACUUUGAUCGUUGCCGGUAAUCGCAUAAGUAAGAUAUCUGAAGACUUUGCUACAUCGCUUCCUAAUUUGACAUCAUUGGUUUUAACUGGGAACAACAUCACUCAUUUAAAGGAUAUAAGUCCUAUUUUUUCUGCAACUAAGCUGGAACGCCUUUCACUUUUAAACAACCCAGUGACCGCUUUACCAAACUUCAGGUAUUAUGUGUUGUAUAGGUUACCAUUACUUCGAUUCCUCAAUUUUUCCAAAGUGACUAAUAAAGAGCGUGAGAUGGCUGCUUCAUUUUUUCGUACUGCAGAUGGUAUUUCAAUGUUACGUGAGCUAGGUUACGAGUUUCAAGAUUCAGAUGCGUUGAAUAUGGGCCAAGAUUCGAUAACACCAGUGUUGGAUAAAACCAACAACGUCAGUUCACUGUUGCAAAUCGAGGAGCGCCUCCUCGACUCGAUGUCUGAGAUGCCUUCUGCAACUUAACUAAAUCUUGUAGAGAUAUUGCU